GGAAGUGGAGGUGGGGCUGCCAGUUGGCCUUUACGGCUCUAGCGGAGGGAGAUGGGGAUACGGUGGCGGUAGGCGACGGAGGAGCAGGAGCGUUUUCUUCCCGUCUUCUGUUUCCAUGGUGUAAUUCCUUAUUGGCUGAGGGGCGCGCUUGGGUGAUGAGGCCUGGUUCGCCUGCCUUCCCUCUGAAGAAAAGGGAACCCGUCGCUUGAGCUGAGUGGAGCCUGGCUGCGGGCAAGGGGAGAAGGGGAGCGCUGUUCUCUCCGGAACGGGGCUUUGAGAGGCGGCCUCUUCGGUGGUUCCCGUGGGUCUCAGUAGGAAAGCAGCUGAGCCCUAACGGCUCGGCCUCUCUUUUUCUGCGUGAAAAGGGGGCGUCCCUCGCUGUCUCGCCCGCUUGUCUGCUGCUACGGAGCGCAGCCAGGUUUUGGCCCAUGUGGCUUUAUUCGGAGCCGCGAGGGCGAAUUCCCUGCUGAACCGAGACAAGCCGCUAAACCGCUGAGCCCAAGAGGAGAAGCCGGCCAUGGAUGAUUUUUUGUCGAUUAGCCUGCUCUCUCUAGCAAUGCUGAUUGGCUGCUAUGUGGCGGGGAUCAUCCCUUUGGCCGUAAAUUUUUCCGAGGAAAGAUUAAAGCUGGUCACCGUUCUCGGUGCCGGGCUCCUUUGUGGAACUGCCUUGGCUGUCAUUGUGCCUGAAGGAGUACAUGCACUUUAUGAAGAUCUUUUGGAGGACAAUACCUGUUUUGACAACUGAUGUACCAUUUAAACAAUGGCAGAAAGAUAUUUCAAAAUUUGUGUGGCAAGCAAAGCACCACCCAGUCAGUGAGAGUCAAAAGGUGAUUGAAUCUGAGAAAGCAGAUGUUCCAGAGGUGCAUGAUCAUAACCACAGCCACGACCAUUCAAGAUUACAUGCUUACAUUGGUGUUUCCCUUGUUCUUGGCUUUGUCUUUAUGCUGCUGGUAGAUCAGAUUGGCAAUUCUCAUGUCCACCCUGCAGAUGACCCAGAAGCAGCAAGGUCGGGCAAUUCCAAAAUUACUACUACACUAGGACUAGUUGUCCACGCAGCAGCUGAUGGUGUUGCUUUGGGUGCAGCUGCUUCUACAUCUCAGACUAGUGUCCAGCUAAUAGUGUUUGUGGCAAUUAUGCUGCAUAAGGCACCUGCUGCUUUUGGGCUUGUCUCUUUUCUUAUGCAUGCCGGUCUUGAACGGAAUCGAAUCAGGAAGCACUUGCUGGUUUUUGCACUAGCAGCACCUGUUUUGUCAAUGGUGACUUACUUGGGACUAAGCAAGAGCAGUAAACAGGCACUUUCAGAAGUCAAUGCCACUGGAGUUGCCAUGCUGUUCUCUGCUGGGACUUUUCUGUAUGUUGCCACAGUUCAUGUUCUUCCUGAAGUGGGUGGAAUGGGACAUAGCCAUAAGCCUGAAUCUGCUGGAGGCAAAGGACUCAGCCGCCUGGAGGUGGCUGCAUUGGUUCUGGGUUGCUUGAUUCCUCUGAUUUUAUCUAUUGGACACCAACAUUAAAACUUGGAACACCAGCAUUUUCCCCCUCAAUCUGGUACAAGCAGCAGUCAGUUGCUUUUUUAUCGCUGUCUCUCUUGUCCUGUUAACCACCCGUCCUGUUAAGGAGUUGGAGAGGAUCAUCAUUGCAACAAGAAAACUGUGGGAAAACUCAAUAUAAGAGAGAGAUAGCACUCUUUGAUGACUAGUUAUAAAUCCUACAUAAUUUUCCUUUUCUGAAGAUAUUUUAAUUAUGACUUCCUACCUAUUCUCAGGGAAGCUGGAACUUGGAUAUUAUCUGGGAUGAUCCUUGCAAUUCAUCAUGAAAUCGUAAUCCAAGUAUUCUGUAUGUCAGCAUUCAGAGCUGAUCUCUUGACAUUCUGAUGCUGCCUUCUAACGUGGGAAGAUUGUUCACAUCUUCCAAAUGUUCAUGCGUUAAUAAUGGCAAGGGUUGUCUUAGAAGGAGGCAUCUGGUGAAGAAAUAUUUGUGAGGAUGAAGCUGUAGGCAAAGUUUGUAUUAGAUAAAGCAGGCUGAUAGGAUUCUUGCAUUGAAUUACUAUGGAAACAUUUGUUUUGUCCCUUGAUUUUAACAGACUAUACAGUGCAGGGGGAGAGCCACGUUCAGCAGGAGGUUAGGUUGUUCUGAGCUCUAAGUAGGCAUUUAUUGAAAUGGAUGCUAGUUUAUUUACAAAAAAAUGUUUCUUUUCAAAUAGAAUAACAAAGCCCUGGUCAGCAGACAUCAACCUCAAAAGCUGAAACUUUUAAUACUUCCUGAUGUUACUACCAAAAAUCAUUCCAGGUUGUGAGCUUGUAUGGAAUUGAACGUCUGAAGCCUGUUAAAACUGGGUAUUAAUACAUCUCUAGAACACAAUUCUGCAAAUCAUAGUGUUUCUUUUUCAAAGAGGUAUCUGUAAUUCUG